GUCAAAAUUUAUCUCUCAUUCCUAUCACGCGUAUCACCGAUCAGUCUAUUUGCUGACACGUACUAUUCUUUGUUUUUGCGGUUGAAAAACCAGUUUACCCAUUAUUUUAUGAAAGAUUACUCUCGAAAAACGUUUAAACAGAAUGUCUAUCCUUUAAACACACAACUAGCCGGUAAGUUAACGGUAAAUACGUGUAAACAAUUCGUGUUUAGUGUGAAACAAAGUUCGCUCCAUGAGUGGUAGAUGCCAAUAGAGGAGAAAAUGAAGGCAUCCGGCUUAUCUUUCGCGGUGGUUCUACUCCUAACGAUAGCUGGUGGUAUCGCUACGAAUACAAAUUCCGGUGGACCUCAAAUGAUAAAACUGCUGCAAGAGGAAAGUUGCUCGCAACUGCAGGCUUUGUGUCCUAAUGUGCCACCGGGGGCAGAAGAUCUGAAAGCUUUGGAAUGUAUUCAGAAUCUAUCACGGGAGCAGUUGGAAGCGUUGACCGACGUUUGUCAGCAUCUGAUCUGGACUCACACACUAGACUUGAUGGACGAUCGUAACAUUCAGCGAUUGGUGCAGAAAGGGUGUCCAAAACAUUACGACAAGUUUGACUGUGCGGUAAAAUCUGACCCGGGUCAGUACUUGGCUUGCGUUAUAGACCAACGAGAAUUGAUAAAGGGCAAUGGAUGCCGUGAAUUUAUUCAGCGGCUUGAAUAUGUUGCAUUUUCCGACUAUCGCUUGAUAGGACGUUUUCUGAAAGACUGUAAGAGGGAUAUUGAUUCGUUGAACUGCGGAAGGAUAAGUAACGAUAAGGUCUCACAAGGGGAAACAAUCUCUUGUCUGCAGAAUCACCUUGACAGUUUGAACGGUGAAUGUAAACGGGGUGUUCUGCACCUAUCGGAUAUACAAACCGACGAUGUGAAGCUAGAUCGACAGCUGUUUUUGUCGUGUGCCGUUGACGCUAUUCGAUUCUGUCCUUCUAUUCCGGCUGGAUCUCAAUUAGUUUUGAAAUGUUUGAUGAAAAAUCGCAACGAUGUCGGAAUGACGGAACACUGCCAAAAGCAGCUUUUACGAAGAGAACGUCUAAUUGCUCACGACUACAAGCUGAGUAAAGGACUGACACGGGCUUGCAAAGAGGAUAUUAAGUUGCAUCAUUGUCGCCGUGGCGUUUCUGACGACAAGGAUGUCCGUUUGGCGCAGAUUCUGCUCUGUCUCGAAGUAAUACAAAAAAAUAACUCGAGACUAAGUCACGAUUGCGUGUCGGAAAUUAAUGACCAUCGUAGAAUGCUAAUGGAAGAUUACAAACUCUCGCCGGAAAUUCUGACUGGAUGCGCGGACGACAUCGAAAAGUUUUGCAGUAACUUGGAUGCUGGCGGAAAGACAAUUCAUUGCCUGAUGGAUCAUGCUAGGCCGAAGAAGAAGAAAGAACGCCGAGUGACGGAUACUUGUCUGCGUGCGCUAGAGUCGCUGGUUAAAGUGGCCGACGUUGGCGAGGACUGGCGGGUCGAUCCUGUUCUGAGAAAAGCUUGCAAGCCGGUGGUUGACGUUGCCUGUAGCGAUACUGAAGGUGGUGAUGCUCGGGUUAUGUCUUGCCUGAUGGAGAAAUUAGGAACGAACUUCAUGAAUGCUGAAUGUGAGUCAGCGUUGCUACAGAUCGAAUACUUUGUCGCCAGAGAUUUCAAACUGGACCCGCAGCUGUACAGAAACUGCAAAGACGAUGCCAUUCGUUUCUGCAAGGCGAAGAAAACCUGGGCGGAUCUGGACAGUGCCCAAAUGGAUCCGGACCGUGGUCCACUGAUUUUACCCUGCUUGCAUCGAUAUGCGUAUCAUCCGGAGAAGGAUAUGCAGCUCAAACAGGAAUGUUUCCAGGAGGUAAAACGGGUCAUGCGACAACGAGCUCGCUCUGUCGACCUCAUUCCUGAAGUCGAAGACGAAUGCCUCGACGACUUGGCCUUUUACUGCUCGGAUAAGACCGGUAAAGGAGAGGAGAUGAUCUGCCUGCAAGAAAAUCUAGAAAAAUUACAACGACAAAAAUGCAAAGAUGCCGUCAGUAGCUACACCGAAGAGGAAGCAGCUCACGUAGAACUAAAUCCAAUAAUAAUGGCUGUUUGCGGUAAUGCAAUGCAGAAACACUGCGCAGAUAUCCUGAAAAUUGGCAAAGACGAGGGUGACGUGAUGGAGUGUCUUAUUGCAUACAAGAAUGAUCCAGAUAUGCGCAACGACGUCAAGUGUCGCUCUGCUAUCGAGCACUUCCAAAUCAUUUCCCUAAAAAGCUAUCACUUUACGUACAAAUUUAAGGAAGCCUGUCGCCCAUAUGUCACGCGAUUCUGCCCGAACAGUAACACCAAAAACGAAGUGGUUAGUUGCCUGAGCGAAAUGAUGAGAAACGAUACCAUCAAAGGGGCGAAACAUUCUGUUCCUAAAGAAUGCCGCCAGCAGGUUCGGGCCCAGUUGUAUCAGCAGCGGGAGAAUAUUGACUUCGAUCCUAAUUUGAAAGCGGCGUGCCAGCAGGACAUCAACACCUACUGCUCCAGUAUCCCUCAUGGAUCCGGACAGGUGAAUAGAAACAAUGUUCUAGAAUGUCUGCAGACCCAAAGCGCAAAGUUGGACAGUAAAUGUGCACACGCAUUGUUCGUCAUCAAAAAAUCUGAGCUAAGCGAUAGUGCAACGGACUAUGUGCUACUCAACACCUGUAAGGAGAUGAUUCGUCAGUAUUGUCAUGAUACCGAACCCACCAGUAUGUUGGGUUGUCUGAAGAUACACAAGGACGAGAAUCUUUUCGACAGCAAAUGCCACCUGGUGGUAGUAAAUCGCAUGAUUGAACAAAACAUGGACUAUCGUUUCAACCCAACACUGCAGACGGCUUGCGCAAGAGAUAUUGCCGAUCACUGUACUGAGAUAGUGGCCGGCGCCAAAGCGAAUGAGGAACUCAACGGUAAAGUAAUAGGAUGCUUGAAAGUAAAAUUUCGCGAAGGAAAACUUCACACUGAUUGUGAAAAACAGAUGACCGAAGUUCUGCAUGAGCAAGCAUUAAACUACAAACUGAAUCCACUGCUGCAGAGUGUAUGCCGGGAUGAGAUUCAAAUACUUUGUAGCGCCACAAUAGAGUCUGGAACGCUAGAAGACCAUGGAAAAGUCGAGGAAUGUCUGAAACAAGCAUUCAUUGAGAAAAAACUAAUCAAUCGCGCUUGUAAGCUAGAAGUUGUCGAGUUGAUCCAGGAAGGAAAAGCGGACAUUUAUGCUGAUCCUAUGCUGCAGCGCGCUUGUGCUGUAGAUUUGCUCAAAUAUUGUUCCAACGUACAAAGUGGAAAUGGAAGGUUGUUGAAAUGUCUGCAAGUGAUUCUGCAAGACGAAUCGAAAGCGUUGGAUGACGAGUGUAAAAACACGCUACUUAGAAGAAUGGAAAUGUUCCGCAACGCUGCUAUGGUGAUUCCCAAGGCCGAAAGCUUCGGCCAACUUUACGACCAGGUGUUUCAAUCACCAAUCCGGCACUACGUCAUGAUAAUACUGAGUAGCAGUGUGGUUUUCUUCUUCGUUUUCGGGGUGUUGUGCGGUCGCGUUUCGCGGCGAACAAUUGCCGAGAAGAAUAAAUAGUCACGACGAUGGCGGUGGUGGCGCUGGUGCUGCCGGUCGUUUCGACAGCACAAGCUCUCCUCCAUGAUGGUCGCUUAUUUGUAAGUAGAAACAUGAGUUUGCCCUUGAUUACUGGACAAUUUGAAAGAAACGAAACAUGGUAGAAAUUUCGGUUGGAGAAGAAAACAGAUGCUGAGAGCGUGUGUGAAUAACCAUCCAAUCCUCAACGCAAGCCUGCAGCUAUACAUGUCUGUGUUAUAAACUUUAUUAUUGCCUAACAUUAAGGAUAUUUUCUAAUCAUGUUUUUUAAAGCUUCACGACGACCGGUUGCUGUUUUUCUUGUAUACUGGUUCUUCCUUCAAACCCCAAGCUACGAAAAACGAUCGUGGGGGGGAAUUGUAGGAUGUAUUGUGUAAAAUAUAUCAUUUAGUUAGGUUGACUCAAAGUGGAAAACGACGUAAUUUGUUUUCAUUUGUACACCAAUACCACUAAUAAACAAAUUGACGAUAUGCUUAUUUAAUCAAAUAAACAAUAAAACUUAUUUGAAGAGUGAUGAGCAUCUAGUGUACGUAGAAUAAGAGAGACAUGCAAGAUAUCAUAGGAGACAUUUUAUAUGUAGUUUUAACUUCUCAUUCUUUGGAGUGAAAUAAAGAAAAAGUUACAGAA